AUGUCUCAACCAGUCUACCAUUACCUCACUCUCGGCCGCCUCGGGCGCGGCGAGGUCCUCAACCUCUUCCUCAAAGACGCCGGCAUCCCCGCAAAAGACGUCCGCUACGCAUACGACGACACCUGGCCGCAGAGCAAAGAGAAACUCACCCAGCAGGGCCUGACGCGGACGGGUCUGCUGCCUGCGUUGGAGUACAACGGUUCCAUCUAUACCCAGCACAUUCCAACCCUCCGCUAUCUAUCCCGCGAACUAGGCGCGUACGACGGCGAUAGUAACCAGGAGAAAUAUAUCGUUGAUGCCGUUGCUGAUGUCUAUAUCGACUGGCGGUCGCAAUGGGUCGCGAACCUGAUGAGCGCAAACCCCGAAUAUAAAGACAGCGUUGCGCCUAAAUACUACACCGUGCUGGCGCAGUACUAUGCGGAGCGCGCGGGGCCGUAUCUGCUGGGUGAGAAAAUCACCUAUGCCGAUUUUGCGGUGUAUCAGAGUAUUGAUAAUGAUCGGAGGACGGGGACGUUGCCUGAAAACCUCCCCGAACCCCUUGUCAAGCUGCAGGAGGCGAUUGAGGCUCGGCCGAACAUUGCACAGUAUAUCCAGGAGAAUAAAUAG